AUCCGCGGUGUCGUGCAGGUCGUCAGGGAAGUGGUGGGCGUUCCUCCGCGUUCGUUCGCUAACUGUCGAUGCCGAGAAGAUUUUUCUCCUGCGCGACCAGCUCUCCUCAUGUUUCUUCCUACGUUCGUGGAGGACAUGCAUCAUUUUAAGCCCAGUCGAGACAGAUUGUACACCACCAGGUGUUGCGGAUGUUGCCACGUCCGGACGGGGACCAUCAUCCUGGGAACAUGGUACAUGGUGGUCAACCUGUUGAUGGGCAUCCUGCUGACUGUAGCUGUGACCCACCCAGAGAACGUGCCCACCAUCGACUUGCAGUAUGAGGUCAUCGACCAUUACUUUGCCUCCGACAGGAUGUCUGAGAAUGCCUGUGUUGGAUUCGCCAUCUCUCUGCUGAUGCUCACCAUCAGCGCCAUGAUGGUGUACGGAGCCAUUACUCACCGUGACGGCUGGCUCAUCCCGUUCUUCUGCUACCAGCUGUUUGACUUUGCUCUCAGCUGCCUGGUGGCCAUCAGCUCUCUCACUUACCUGCCCAGGAUCAAGGACUACCUGGACCAGCUGCCGGAUUUCCCGUACAAGGAUAACCUCCUCUCCCUGGACUCCAGCUGCCUGCUGCUCUUUGUGCUGGUCUUCUUCGCCUUCCUCAUCAUCCUCAAGGCUUACCUGAUCAACUGUGUGUGGAACUGCUACAAGUACAUCAACAACAGGAACAUGCCAGAGAUUGCUGUCUACCCGGCCUUUGAGACCCCUCCUCAGUACAUUCUGCCCACUUACGAGAUGGCGAUGAAGAUGCCAGAGAAGGAGCCACCUCCCCCCUACAUGCCUGCUUAAGCACCAGCCCUUUUGCCAAAACACACACAUGCACACACACACCACCACCACCACCAUAUGCAUUCCUCCCUUCCCUCACUGACCCCUCCUGAACACCAUUACGCCCUUAUGCCCCCCCCCUCUGCCCUACUGUGUAUGUAUAAGGCCACUGGCAAUGUUUCGUUCAACCCUACUGUCUGUAUUUCUACAGAACGUCUAUGGAGCAUCUGGGAGGUUUGAGAGGAGACACGUGGGAAAGACUGAAUGACAUAAAUAAAUGAAUGAGUGAAUGUGAUGUUUGAAGAGCCGUGGAAGCUACCAGCCCACCCUCCCAACCCUCUGGCCUUUUUUUUAUGUCUUAGUAAAAGGGAUACAUGUGAAAAUUAAAUUGCUUGAAAUGCUCUCAUCAAUCCAGCACCAUCCUAUCUAUAGAUUGAUAUAUGAAGUGUAAAAAAAAAUAUAAUGACAAUCCACUUAUUCUAGCUCUUAUUGUUGACUUGUGUUACUCCCCCCCCCCUCCUAAUUAUGAAGAUCUAGAUUAUUCCAUCUCAGUCUUGAAUGGAGUCUGUAGCACUUUUUCAUCUGUUAUUUAUUUAGCUUUGCUGUGGUUCAGUUCACUGCACCCCCACACCCCCCCUGACAUGUUCAUCUCUCCCUGCUGCCCCGAUGUGUUAGCACAGCUAGUGAAUAGUUUCCCAGCUGAGAGACUGAGAGACAGACGGAGAGGAAGAGCGAGGGCACUGAUGAUGGUGGAUCAUUUUCUCUGCUUCUUUCUCACCCCACAUCUGGAGCAAACAGCUAGUCUUGUGAACAUUAGUAGUUGCAUGCUUAUCAACAGCCUCCCCAUUACUUUACUGGUAAUAUGAUUUUAUCCUAGUGGAAAUACAUUUGACUUCAAUAAACGUUUCAGAACA